AUGUCGCCAUUGAACAGGACAGCAGCCUCGAGGCUUUUCGCCGUCGCCUCUCGACCCGCCUUCUCGCGCCAGGCUCCCCGCUUCGCCAGCAACCAGUCCUUUGUUGAUUCCACUUCGGCUGAGGUCGACAACAUCCAACCCCGCGACGAGCCUCCUUCACCUGUCCAUUUGACCAAGGGCGAGACCAAGGGCAGCGAAUCUGCAGUCCAGAACACUCCCAGCCAUGCCCCCAACUACGGUGCUGCCGUCGACUACAGAACCUCAGCCUUCUCCCCCGUUCCCAAGCGUGUCAUGGAUGGUAGCGAGCCUACCGAGACCGUAGCAGCUGCUGUUGUCUCCGGCGCCCCCUCCGACCUCCAAGCCCGUACCACCGCGACUCAAUCUGGCGACUGGAACGCUCACCACUGGCGCAUGGACUGGGACGUUCUCAGCAAGGGUCACCGCUGGGAGAACCCUCUGAUGGGCUGGCAAUCAUCUGCCGACUACAUGCAGGGCACCCACCUUAACUUCAAGUCCAAGGAUGAUGCCAUCAACUUUGCCAACAAGCAAGGUUACGAGUACUUUGUUCAGGAGCCCAACGAGCGCAGAAUUAUCCCCAAGGCUUACGCCAACAACUUCAUGCACAGCCCGAAGAAGCUGAAGCACAUCCGUACCAAGUAG